CAUCACCUAUAUUGUACUAACAGGUUUGCCAAAUAUAAAAAGCAUAAAAAUUAUAUUUUUCUUGGUGCUGUGUUUCAUAUAUUGUGUUACUAUUUCUGGAAAUCUCUUCAUUGUGAUUUUAUAUCAUCUGAGUAAAACACUCCAGUCUCCCAUGUACCUCUUCAUCACCCAACUAUCAUUGCUUGAUAUAAUUCUGUCUACAGAUAUUCUUCCCAACUUUCUUUAUAUUAUCUUACAUGAUGGAUGUACCAUGUCUCUUGCUGGAUGCAUCAUCCAGUUCUUCUUCUUUUCCCAUACUGAGGCCUCAGAGUUUUUUCUACUGACUUUGAUGUCCUAUGACCGGUAUUUGGCCAUCUGUAAGCCUCUGCAUUACAACUCUAUAAUGAACCAAUCAAAUUGCAUUAAAUCAGUGAUUAUCAUUUGGUUACUGGGUUUUACAACGACAUUGGCUGAUUCAAUUUCUUUGUGCAGUUUAUACUACUGUGGACCAAACAUCAUUCAUCACUUCUUCUGUGACUUUGAACCCAUAAUUGAGCUUGUCUGCUCCGAUACUUCAUGGAUCCAUAAUCAGAUCUAUGUGUUUAGCUUCAUCUUUGUCGUAGCACCUUUUAUAUUAAUUGUUAUAUCGUAUAUCUAUAUUGUUUUAGCCAUCCUCAAAAUUAAAUCAAUUACAGGAAGACAAAAAGCCUUCACCACCUGCAGCUCUCACUUGACCGUAGUGUGCAUUUUUUACGGAACUAUAAUCGCUGUGUAUUUGUUUCCAACAAAAGGACAAUUGGAUAUUCUGAACAAAUUCCUCUCUCUUUUUUACACUGUAAUGACUCCAUUGCUUAAUCCCAUCAUAUACACAUUCAGGAACAAGGACUUUAAGAAAGAACUGAUUCUGGCCUUGUCGCUUCCGACAGUCCAAUAUGGCUUCUACCACGUAUUCUUCCCAUCCGUCCACAUGAAUGGGUUCUGGAGGUUUAGACCCUCUGUUGGGAAAAGGAUCGGCAACUGCAGGCUUGAGCAAAGAGACGUGAAACACAGGAUGUAUCUUUAG